CACAACACGGUUUGGAAUAUAUUACAUACACAAGGGAUUGGAACUGAAGGAAGAGAUGCCUUCUCUACAUCCGAGAAUAUCUCCUAGACUUGGCUUCUUACCUCUUCCUCUUCCCCUUUCCAUUCUUUAUUAAUUUGAAUUAAUAUUUAAACUCAACAAAUCUCAUUACAUAUGGCCAACCUCCGUUCUGAGAGACUGUUUGGAUCUUUCAUCUCUGCUGUCAUCAGCUACUGUUUCAGCUAUCAAGCAAACUACAAUACCACCGGGCACGGCAAACACGACAUGCCUAAGGGCCGGCGACCACUUUCUUUGCAGACCAUCGAGCUUCAAGUGAGGAUGUGCUGCACAGGAUGCGAGAGAGUUGUCAGGAGUGCCAUCCACAAGCUUAGAGGGGUGGACUCAGUGGAGGUGGACUUAGAACUUGAAAAGGUUACAGUGAUCGGAUAUGUUGAUCGUAACAAGGUGCUGAAGGCGGUUAGGAGAGCGGGAAAGAGGGCAGAGUUUUGGCCUUACCCGAAUCCACCGCUAUACUUCACAUCGUCCACCAACUACUUCAAAGACACGACGAACGAAUACAAAGAGAGCUACAAUUACUACAGGCACGGAUACAAUAUGGGCGAUAAGCAUGGUAAUAUUCAUGUCAGCCAAAGGGGGGACGACAAAGUCAGUAACAUGUUCAAUGAUGACAACGUUAAUGCCUGCUGUGUCAUGUAGCAACAUCUUCGAAUUAGAUUUGCUCCCCGAAUGUAGAAUAACGAGGGUUUAAUUUGGAUAAGGAUAAUUAACGGUCGAUCGUUUAAUAUGCCAGACGUAGGUACUAAUUGGUUGUCUUUUCAGUAUAUAGUAAUCUGAUGCUCAUUCGAAUGAUAUAUAUGUGCAUCUGAUUACUGUAACGAUGAUAGUUGCAUUGCGAAUGAAAGCUCCUGCUUGUUUAUGUAUAAUAUUCCCGUAGUUUAGUUUUCUUAAGCG